AUGGCGUCCAUCUUUCGCUCGGGCGCUCUUGCCUUGAUCAGCGGCGGCGCAUCUGGCGUGGGAUUCGCUUUUGCGCAGCACUGCCGGCGCAGCGGCAUGCACGUGGCAUUGCUGGACAUCAACCGCUCCUCGCUUGACGCCGCCUCCUCGGCCCUGAAAGCCAUCGACAACAAGGUCCUGACGCUCACGUACGAGAUCGACGUCUCAGACCUCUCCUCCUGGGACGCGGUGCGGGCUGACCUGGUGGGCAAAUUCCAGACCAUCGACCUCCUGAUGCUGAAUGCGGGCAUGGCGAUCCGGACGACCAAGCCGUGGGGAGAUGCCGACUACUUCCACAAGACGCUGGGCGUGAACUUCUUCGGCAUGGUGCACGGUCUCACGACGUUCCUGCCCAUGGUGCUCGCAACCGCGGGCCCCAGCGCCGUCGUCUUGACGGGCUCCAAGCAGGGCAUCACCAACCCGCCGGGCAACCCGGCGUACAACGCAUCCAAGAGCGCGGUCAAGACAGUGGCCGAGCAGCUGGCGCACGACCUGCGCACGUCGUCGUCGUCCAUCUAUGCGCCCCACGUUUCCGCCCACCUGCUCGUGCCGGGCUGGACGUUUACGGGGCUGAGCGGCAACAUGGGCCCCGUGCCGGACGAGGUGGCGCUCAAGACGAAACCGCGCGGCGCGUGGCUGCCCUCGCAGGUGGCCGAGUACGGCGUCAAGAAGAUCGAGGAGGGAAAAUUCUACAUCAUAUGCCCCGACACGGACGUCGACGAGGCCCUCGACAACGCCCGCAUGACCUGGGCCGUCGGCGAUAUCACUGAGGGUCGCAGUGCGUUGAGUCGCUGGGACGACAAGGUCAAGGACGGGGCGGCAGAGUGGAUCAAGAAGGAAGCUGAUCGACGGAGAGGGUAG